GACCAGAACACUGCCAGAUAUUGACCAAUACCAUCUGUGCCCCUCAGUGUAAUGGUCACUGCUUUGGGCCCAACCCCAACCAGUGCUGCCACGAUGAGUGUGCAGGUGGCUGCUCAGGCCCUCAGGACACAGACUGCUUUGCCUGCUGACACUUCAAUUACAGUGGAGCCUGUGUACCCCGGUGUCCACAGCCUCUUGUCUACAACAAACUAACUUUCCAGCUGGAACCCAAUCCCCACACUAAGUAUCAAUAUGGAGGAGUCUGUGUAGCCAGCUGUCCCCAUAACUUUGUGGUGGAUCAAACUUCUUGUGUCAGGGCCUGUCCUCCAGACAAGAUGGAAGUAGAUAAAAAUGGGCUCAAGAUGUGUGAGCCUUGUGGGGGGCUGUGUCCUAAAGCCUGUGAGGGGACGGGCUCUGGGAGCCGCUUCCAGACUGUGGACUCCAGCAACAUCAAUGGAUUUGUGAACUGCACCAAGAUCCUGGGCAACCUGGACUUCCUUAUCACUGGCCUCAAUGGAGAUCCUUGGCACAAAAUCCCAGCUCUGGACCCUGAGAAGCUCAAUGUCUUCCGGACAGUACGGGAAAUCACAGGUUACCUGAAUAUCCAGUCGUGGCCUCCUCACAUGCACAACUUCAGUGUCUUUUCCAACCUGACCACCAUUGGGGGCAAAAGCCUCUACAACCGAGGCUUCUCAUUGUUGAUUAUGAAGAACUUGAAUGUAACAUCUCUGGGCCUCCGAUCCCUGAGGGAAAUCAGUGCUGGGCGUAUCUACAUAAGUGCCAAUCGGCAGCUCUGCUACCACCAUUCUCUGAACUGGACCAGACUGCUUCGGGGGCCUUCAGAAGAGAGACUAGACAUCAAGCAUAAUCGGCCCCGCAGAGAUUGUGUGGCAGAGGGCAAAGUGUGUGACCCACUGUGCGCCUCUGGGGGCUGCUGGGGCCCAGGCCCCGGUCAGUGCUUAUCCUGUCGAAACUACAGCCGAGGAGGUGUCUGUGUGACCCACUGCAACUUCCUGAAUGGGGAGCCUCGUGAGUUUGCCUUUGAGGCUGAAUAUUUCUCCUGCCACCCGGAAUGUCAACCCAUGGAGGGCACUGCCACAUGCAAUGGCUCGGGCUCUGAUGCUUGUACCCAGUGUGCCCAUUUUCGAGAUGGACCCCACUGUGUGAGCAGCUGCCCCCAUGGAGUCCUAGGGGCCAAGGGCCCCAUCUACAAAUACCCAGAUAAUCAGAAUGAAUGUUGGCCCUGCCAUGAGAACUGCACCCAGGGGUGUAAGGGACCAGAGCUACACGACUGUUUAGGCCAAACACUGGUACUGAUCAGCAAAACCCAUCUGGCGCUGGCUAUGGCAGUGGUAGUAGGAUUGGUUGUGAUUAUUCUGAUCAUGGGUGGCACUUUUCUCUACUGGCGUGGGUGCCAGAUUCAGAAUAAAAGGGCUAUGAGGCGCUGCUUGGAACGGGGUGAGAGCAUAGAGCCUUUGGAUCCCAGUGAGAAGGCUAACAAGGUCUCGGCCAGAAUCUUUAAAGAGACAGAGCUGAGGAAACUCAAAGUGCUUGGAUCAGGCGUCUUUGGAACGGUGCACAAAGGUGUGUGGAUCCCUGAGGGUGAAUCAAUCAAGAUCCCAGUCUGCAUUAAAGUCAUUGAGGACAAGAGUGGACGGCAAAGUUUUCAAGCUGUGACUGAUCAUAUGCUGGCCAUCGGCAGCCUAGACCAUGGCCACAUUGUACGGCUGCUAGGACUGUGCCCAGGCUCAUCUCUGCAGCUUGUCACACAAUACUUGCCUUUGGGUUCCCUGCUGGAUCAUGUGAGGCAACAUCGGGGGGCACUGGGGCCACAGCUGCUGCUCAACUGGGGAGUACAAAUUGCUAAGGGUAUGUACUACCUUGAGGAGCAUGGCAUGGUGCAUAGGUAUCUGGCCGCCCGAAAUGUGCUACUCAAGUCACCCAGUCAGGUUCAGGUGGCCAAUUUUGGGGUGGCCGACCUCCUGCCCCCUGAUGAUAAGCAGCUACUGCACAGUGAGGCCAAGACUCCAAUUAAGUGGAUGGCCCUCGAGAGUAUCCACUUUGGGAAAUAUACACACCAGAGUGACAUCUGGAGCUAUGGUGUGACAGUUUGGGAGCUGAUGACCUUUGGGGCAGAGCCCUAUGCAGGAUUGAGAUUGGCUGAAGUACCAGACUUCCUGGAGAAAGGGGAGCGAUUGGCACAGCCCCAGAUCUGCACCAUUGAUGUCUACAUGGUCAUGGUCAAAUGUUGGAUGAUUGAUGAGAACAUUCGCCCUACCUUCAAAGAACUAGCCAAUGAGUUCACUAGGAUGGCCCGAGACCCACCUCGGUAUCUGGUCAUAAAGAGAGAGAGUGGGCCUGGAAUCCCCCCUGGAGCAGAGCCUCCUGCUCUGACAAACAAAGAACUGGAGGAAGUAGAACUGGAGCCAGAACUAGACCUAGACCUGGACUUGGAGGCAGAGGAGGACAACCUGGCAACCACACUGGGCUCUGCCCUCAGCUUGCCAGUUGGAACACUUAAUUGGCCACGUGGGAACCAGAGCCUUCUAAGUCCAUCAUCUGGAUACAUGCCCAUGAACCAGGGUAAUCUCGGGGAGACUUGCCAGGAGUCUGUUUGUGGGGGUGGUGAACGGUGUCCCCGCCCAGCCUCCCUGCACCCAAUGCCACGGGGACGCCUGGCAUCAGAGUCAUCAGAGGGUCCUAUGACAGUCUCUGAGGUCGAGUUCCAGGAGAAGGUGUUGAUGAGUAGAAGCCGGAGUCGGAGCCGAAGCCCACGGCCACGUGGGGACAGUGCCUAUCACUCCCAACGCCAUAGCUUGCUUACUCCCGUUACCCCACUCUCCCCACCAGGAUUAGAGGAAGAGGAUGUGAAUGGUUAUGUCAUGCCAGAUACACACCUCAAAGGUACCUCCUCUUUCCGGGAAGGCACCCUUUCUUCAGUGGGUCUCAGUUCUGUCCUGGGUACAGAAGAAGACGAAGAAGAUGAGGAGUAUGAAUACAUGAACCGGAGAAGAAGGCGCAGUCCACCUUGUCCCCCUAGGCCAAGUUCCCUCGAGGAGCUGGGUUAUGAGUACAUGGAUGUGGGAUCAGACCUCAGUGCUUCCCUGGGCAGCACACAGAGUUGCCCACUCCACCCUGUACCCAUCAUGCCUACCACUGGCACAUCUCCAGAUGAGGACUAUGAAUAUAUGAAUCGGCGACGUGGUGGAGGAGGUCCUGGGGGGGAUUAUGCAGCUAUGGGGGCCUGCCCGGCAGCUGAACAAGGGUAUGAAGAAAUGAGAGCUUUUCAGGGGCAUGGACACCAUGUCCCCCACGUCCAUUAUGCCCGCGUCAAAACUCUCCGGAGCUUAGAAGCCACUGACUCUGCCUUUGAUAACCCCGAUUACUGGCAUAGUAGGCUUUUCCCCAAGGCCAAUGCCCAGGAAACAUAACUCCUGCUCCCUGAGACAUUCAGGAAGUAUUU